AUGUGCCACGUCCACUUCGGGUACUACUGGGUCUGCUGGGUCUGCCAGAAGCGCGAGUUCGAGAUCCUCCACAGCGGCCAUAAAACCGAGGAACCGCACCUCAACAUCGACUGCACCUGCGACACCGAGCACAUCUACGCCAAGUGCCUCUGUCACCUGCCCGAACAGCAACUCCCCGACGGCACCGUCAUCAGGAGAAACCAAUGGCACAGCAAACUGUUUCUCCGAUCGCACCCACUGUGCGAAGACCCCCUCAGUGAUUGGCUCUUGGAGCAGUACGAUCGCGAUAUUGCCGAGGGCCGCAGUCCCGAUCCUUAUAUACACCCCAUGAGGUUCCAUGACCGCCCCAACGAGGGUUUCAACGCAGGCGCCAACGUCGUCCACAUCGAUUGGCCUCACACCAAUCUCAAGACUUGGCAACACAAUCACUGGUCUGACAUUACGGAUCAACGGCGUGAGGACGCCAUCGCUCGAGCCAAGCAAUAUUUUAGGGCUUUGGGGCUACAAGGUACGAUGGAGGUGGCGCUCGAGGAGGCUAAGGCAAGGGACUACGACGCGGAGGAAGAGGCACAGGAGAAUGAGAUGCGCCGCCGGAGCAGGUCGCGUUCACGCAGCGACGCUGAAGAACGUAGCGAUGUCCAUGACGACACCAGCGGUGCCUUAGAGGGCGACAGCCAAGUCUCAGAAAGCCAAGUGUCUUCCAGCUCCGUAACAGGGACUUCCAUCACCGAGUCUUCCGCCGUCGCCGCAAGUUCCACCACCGGAACGGAGAGUUCUGUGGCAUAUGCAGACAGACACCGACGCUAG